AAUUUUCAACCCAAUAAUAUUUGUGUGCCAUUUUACAUGUUUUUCGCAAAAAGACGAGUAAAUAGAAAUAUCGAUACCAGUCGCUUGGUAUCGUUUCAAUUACAAUUAGUCGUUCAACGCACAUCCCUAAUUAGUCAUAGCCAAUUUCCAUAUCCAUAUUGCUGCCCGAAAGGAGUGUAAAGAGCCAAGGACUCGGUGUACCAUGCCAAGGAAUGGCUGCGAUGCCUCCAAUGGCGCCUGCGGGGGCGCGGGAGGCGCAAACGCCACCAGCGACGGCUGCUAUUAUAAUGACGAUCUUAUUACGGAAAAGGGCGUUGCAUUCAAUGUGCGCUACACAGGCUGCGUAGAGGUGAAGACCUCGAUGAAAUCCUUGGACUUUGACACGCGCACGCUGCUCGCUCGUGAGUGCAUCAAUCGGGUGUGUGAGGCUGCCGGCCUGAAAUCCGCUACCAAACGGCGUUUGGACAAGAAAUUCCAUUCGUAUAUUGCGGAGCGGCCCUCAAUGGAAUCGGCCGGAACCAAUAUCAUUAUUAAUGUGUCGAGCCGGGCACUUACGCUAACGAACGUAGAGACGGGCGAAGUGAUUGCCAAUCACAAUAUGCCACGCAUUUCUUUCGCAUCCGGUGGUGACAACGAUACUCUCGACUUCCUAGCCUACAUAGCCAAGAACGAGGACGAGUGGCGUGCCUGUUAUGUGCUGGAAUGUGCAGGCGGCCAGAGCGAGGAUUUGAUUGUGACUAUUGGCAAGGCGUUCGUUCUGCGCUUCAAUGCUUUGCGGAUGACCGAAACGCCCGCUGCUGCUCCCAUCGAGCCGAGUCUUCAGAGCGCCUGUAAGGAGAAUGUUAAGGAUUAUUAUAACGAUUUACCUAACAAACUGCCACCGGAUAUACCCAUCGAUGAGAAAGUCGGGCAGCAGCUGCCUCUUCAUCAACACACUCCUCGAGUCGCUCAAUUGAAUUUAAAGAAACCUCGUGAUCGUCUGAGUAGCAAUCUGAUCGAUUUGAACUCCCCGCCUCCCGAUCAAACCACCAAUAAACUGGCACUUGGAAAUUUUGAUCCACUCCAGGCCAACUCGAACACAGGAGGAGCUCAAUCAUCCUCCUCCUCAUCGUCCGCUGUGCCAGUGCGUGAUGUAUUUGAUGUACCGCAUUGCCCUCUUACGGCUGCAGUGCAGCGUUCGCAACUCAUGACCGAAAACUGGUUCCAUGCGGCCAUCUCACGACCCAUUUCUGAGCGACUGUUGCAGCAUGAUGGGGACUUCUUGGUGCGUGAGUCCCAGGGAAAGAAGGGGCAGUAUGUGCUCACCGGACUUGAAGGAAAGACGCCAAAGCAUUUGUUGCUCAUCGAUCCCGAGGGCGUGGUGCGUACCAAAGAUCGCAUUUUCGACAGCAUCAGCCAUCUGAUCAAUUACCAUUGGGCGCACGCGCUUCCAAUCAUAUCAGAGGACUCGGAGCUGGUGUUGCGAAAUCCGGUGCGUCGACAGACUCCCCCGGACAACUAAUAUACGAGUACACACAUCUACACAAAUAUACAUACAAUUUUUGCAUACAUACCUACAUAUAUACAAACAUAUAUCCGUGUACACACUUAGAUUUAGGUGCACUUUAGAGAAUAUCUUUUAUAUAUCGUCUAUCAUUGUAUAAACAAACAAACAAACGAACAAACCCAUUUAUUUAUGGAUUGAAUGUGUAUAUUUACAUAUGUGCAUGUCUACAGUAUUUUUCAUUAAAAUGAAAAUAAA